AUGUCGGACCAGCAGAGCUUUGCCCAGUCAGUCCAGGCAAAGGCCCGAGAGAUCGCAAAGGAAGACUUUGACCAGGCCAGAACUCUGGUCAAGGAUGCCGCAACAAGUCGCGCUUGGCUGUACCCCAUCAAGGGCAUCGUCUAUUUUGCUAUCCACAGAGACCUAUGGAAACCUCUCCUCUCUCGGCUUCUGCCCCAUCUCGCUCUCUCCGUGAGCGUGGUCGCUGGAAUGUUCGUCUUUACAUACAUCCCACAGCUCAGCAUCCUGGUGUUCGUCAAUGGGCCGGUCGCCGUCGUCACCACGGUACUCCUUGUGCUCAACGAGAGCUCCACCAUUGUGAACAUCAUCUCGCGCAACUUCCUGAUUCAGGAUGCCCUUCUGGACACGUUUGACGGCACACUCGUCGCAAAGAACGAGACGGGCGUCGUCAGUGAAGGGCGCCAGCUCAAGUCUGGAGGCGAUUCUAUUCAGAGGCUGGGAAAAAUCCUCAAGUCGCCCUUUGAAAAGUUCUCGCCCAAGGCUUUGAUACGCUACAUUAUGUAUCUUCCCCUCAACUUUAUUCCAAUUGUCGGAACUGUCCUUUUCAUCCUGAUGCAGGGCAGGGGUCGGGGUAAUAUGGUUCACGGACGCUAUUUUCAAUUGAAGAAAUGGUCAUCCUCCCAGAUUUCCUCCUGGCUUCACCAACACAGAGGUCCAUACACUGCCUUCGGAACGGUUGCCACACUGCUCGAGAUGAUCCCCUUCGCGUCGAUCUUCUUUUCGUUCACAAAUACUGUUGGUGCUGCACUGUGGGCGGCCGACAUCGAGGCCAAAGACACCUCUAUGACGAGCACAACCGCCCCCGAGUUGCGUGACACGGCAAAGAAAGCGCAGUAA